GCUGCGAGGGGGAGGGGGGGGCGUUGUGUCUGUGUGACCGAGGUGUAGACGCCGCGCUGGGACCCCGCGGGCCCCGGGCAGCCGCUUCACCUCCUCGGGGUGUCACAGCACGGCUGCGGGUUGUGGCGGGGCCGGGUGCGUCCGGGGCAUCCCGCUGACGGCGGCCUCCCCGGAGCGGCCGAGCCCCCAGCGGGGUGGGUUUGCGCUCUGGAACAGUUGCUCUCUUUUAGAGGCCGUAUGUKUGCGAGUAUGAAGGCUGCGGCAAAGGUUUCACGAGGGACUUCCACCGCGUCCGACACCUCCUCACGCACACCGGGGAAAAGCCGUUCGAGUAAGGCCGAAGUGUUUAUUUCUUCAGAUGGAGUGCGGUUGCCCUUCACUUACAGGUGCACAACUGAUGGGUGCAAGGAGAAAUUUGGAACAAAAUCAAACUUGAAGAAGCACAUUGAGCGCAAGCAUCAAAAUAGGCAAAAGCAAUAUGUGUGUGACUUUGAAGGCUGUAACAAGUCUUUCAAGAAGCAUCAACAACUUAAAGUUCAUCAGUGUCACCACACCAAUGAACCUCCCUUCAAAUGUAAUAAAGAAGGAUGUGGAAAGUGUUUCUCUACUCCAAGCCGACUAAAGCGGCACGAGAAGGUACAUGAAGGCUAUGCAUGCAAGAAGGAAAACUGCUCAUAUAUUGGAAAAACUUGGACAGAGCUUCUGAAACAYAAUAAAGUCAGUCAUACAGAGCCAAUAGUUUGCAGUGAGUGUAACAAAACUUUUAAACGGAAAGAUUACCUCAAGCAGCAUCAAAAGACACAUGCUGCAGAGCGGGAAGUCUGCCGCUGCCCCAGAGAAGGAUGUGGAAGAACUUACACAACUUUAUUCAACCUUCAAAGCCAUAUCCUCUCAUUUCAUGAGGAGAAAAAGCCAUUCUCUUGUGAUUAUCCGGGCUGUGGAAAAGUGUUUGCAAUGAAGCAGAGCCUAGCAAGGCACGCAGUUGUACAUGAUCCUGAAAAGAAAAAGCUGAACUUGAAAGCAAAGCGUUCUCGGCCAAAGAGAAGUUUAGCMUCUCAUCUCAGUGGCUACAUUUCUCCUAAAACACAGCCAGGAAAGGAGGCGGUUGUGACGGAAAGCAUGACAGCAGAUAAGCUUGUGGAAAAUGGAAUACCAACUGCUGAAAUUCUGACUCUGUAGCAAAGGUUAACUGAGACAAUGUUCUUCACAGAAUGACCAAUGCAAAGCUCAGCAACAACUUCAGAUAAAAUUAAAAUUUUUAUUUUUUAAAUAAAUUAUAUUGUUUACACCA